UCUCCGUCCGUGACGCGCAGGAUGCCUGCAGGAAUGCAUCUUUGAGAUGGAGUGGCGCGCGCGUAAAGCAGAUGGAGCGACGCGUGGUCAGAAAUUGUCAGGAGUGGGCGUGGUUAAAAAAACGCCUCACUUUUGUCAAGUCUUGAAAAAGAUACAUUUAAAGAACAAACGUGUCCUCCUUAAAAGCAGACGUGGGAGCCGCCGGAGCGCUCCCGCUUCCUGCAGGAGGAGACGCACCGCUGCGCCUGAUCUGAAGGAGGUGCGACUUGGUAGAAAAGGGAGAGCGUGGUCGCUCCUCUGGUCUCGCCUCCUCUACGGAAUCCAGGAGGGUUUCAGAUCAGGAGCAGCGAGGAGGAGCCCUCCGAGGCGCCUGUGGGACAUGUUGGUGAUCGCCGGUCGGGUGGGAUCAGCCAUCUGAAGGAGCUAAGCGGAGGCUGGCCGCCUGAUCGCCUUACGUAACGGAGCUUUUGAGGAGGCGCCGAGGACGGAGGAUCUGCUCAGUCAAAAGCAAGAAAACGCAGGUGUCUUUUAGCUCAGUAUGAUCAUUGAGGACUUGGUCUUUGAUCCAAAGUGAGAUGAAUCAGGGAGAUAGCGCUGGUUCCAUCCUCCACACAGACGACCUUUUCACCAUCACAGACAGAAGCAGGAAUGACCGCCGCACAGAUUGCGUCCAAGCUCUCGUGCAGGAUGAGCAGGACUUCGGCUCUCCUUCGGAGAAGGAAUACUUGCUGGACGGAAGACUGAUGGAAAACAACCACGUGGCUCAUCCGGAGGGUAGCGGUGUGUACAUCCAGAAAGCUGACCUGUCACACCUCUGCAGUAACGCUGAUCCGGCGCACUCUGAGAUGUCCAACCGCACUGAUGGUACGCCACAAAAUGCAGUGAACAGUGGAAUCCACAACGGAGCAAAAGUUCCAUUCAGUGCAGACGUGUGCCCGUCCAGCCGAGCUGAGCAAAAAACAGAUCCUCAGUCGAGCCUUAAACGCAACGACAGCCGGCAGGAAGCUGAGGAAGAGCCGGACUUAGUCAUCGAAGUGGGCGGGCAGACCAUCAACGCGCACAAAGCUGUCCUGGCAGAGAAGAGCGACUACUUCAAAGCACGCCAGUCACGCAGUGUCCUGAAAGUGAAGGGCCUGAGUUACAAGACCAUGUCCACGCUGAUAGACUACCUUUACACCUCUCAGAUCAGCGUGAGCAAGAACAACGUUGUGGACGUCAUCACAGGGGCCAAAAUCCUCCAGAUCCACUGCGCCGUCCAGGCAGCUAUAGACUCCAUGUCGGAGCAGAUCACCGUAGAGAACUGCUAUGAGAUCCUCUCCAUCGCCAAGAAGCAGCGACUCAGUGAGCUGAAGGAGACGGCGUAUGGAUUCAUGAGCAACAACUUCCUCCAGAUCCUCAAAGACCCGGCCGUCUACGGACGUCUCACCGGGUCAGAGAGGGACCUGAUCCUGAAGAAGAGAACUGAGGGCAGGAAGGCUCUGAUGGUUGCAGAAGUAAACGACGUGUUUGACCGCGUCGGAAGUCGGCCCCCGAGUCGCAGUGGCAGCCGCCCACAGAGCCCCUUGUCUGUUGGGUCGUUGGAGGAGAACCACAUGAUCUACUUCUAUAAUGAAGCAGAGCGGGACUGGCAGUCUUUGACCGCAAUGCCUGAAGACGUUAACACUAAAGGGUGUGGAAUCUGCACCAUGUACAAUUACCUGUUCGUUGCAGGGGGGAUAAAGGGGGAUAAGGGCAAAGUUUCAGACAAAGUCUUCUGUUUCAACCCUAUCACGAACCGCUGGGCUGAGAUCAGACCCAUGAACCAGGCGCGUGCACAGCUCAAGCUUGUCUCAAUGGAUGGCUUCCUCUACGCAAUCGGAGGGGAGUGUUUGUUUACCGUGGAAAAGUACGACCCACGCAUGGACCGCUGGACAACAGUGGCCCCCCUGCCGAAGGGAGCCUUUGCCGUGGCCCACGAAGCCACCACCUGCAGCGGCGAACUCUACGUUUCAGGGGGCUCCCUCUUCUACCGCCUCCUCAAGUACGACCCCAAGCGAGACGAGUGGCAGGAGUGUCCGUACAACAACAGCAGGAAGAAGUCCUCGGACAUGGUCGCUCUGAGGAGCUUCAUCUACCGCUUUGACGUGAACCGCGAGCAAGGCAUCAACGUCUUCAAGUACAACACCAUCGUGAAGAUGUGGCACGACUGCAUGUCGCAGAGGCUCGGCAAUCACCUGCCCUUCCGGUGCGCCGUGAUCGGCAACCGCAUCUACUGCGUGAACAGGAGCCAAACUCUGCAGUUCGUGGUGGAGGAGGACAACGCCUAUUUCACCGAGGAGACGCUAGGAGCCCCCCUGGACGCCAAGGGCAUUCUUUUUCCUUUCGUUCUCAGUUUGCCCGAAAAGCCGGAAAAAGUCAAGUAAUGUGUGUUCAGUCGAAAUAAUUGUGGUUUUCAGCCAAAUGGCAAUAAGCAGAAGACCUUAUAUACUCUUCAGUGUCGGCUCUGAACUCGUCUCAUUGGCUGCUUGCAAUGGAAUGUGUGCAUUUGCAUGGCUAUUUAAUGCAUCUACAGGGUUAACUUAAUUUUAAUGUUAAAUAAUGUGUCUGUAAGAAUAAUGACAUGAUGAAAGUGAUUACCUUUGUUCAGUGCCCCUCUAUUACUAGAAUAGAAAAACACUUCAUUCCAACUGGACGUACGUUGGUUUUGUUAAAGAAAUAAUAGUCAAGCUUUGUAUGGCAGGCUCUAUGCAAAUGAGUGCAGAUGGUCCUUCUCUAACGCUAUCUAGUGGUUAUUAUUAGGGCUUAUACACUUACAGGGCUCCAUGUUCUGAUUUGAGAACCUAAUUUGUGUUCAAACCAAAAAAAAGAAAAAGAUCAUCGUGACACGUCGCGCUCUGUUCCCGCCUACAUUCGUCUUCGAGUGCAAUCUUAGAUUCAGCCUUAAACGAUGAUCAGCAGAGAUGAUCCAUUCUCAUCCUUCUCAUCCACACAAACAUUUUUUUAGUAGAUUUAUUCAAAUGUGUGUAUUUCUUACAUUUCAGAAUCUAUUUUUAAUGAAAGAUUUUGUACAAAGCAACUCAAAAAACACCACAAUACAAUAAUAGGUUGGUUGGUUCUACAAUUAGAGCAAGAAUGAACAAUUAUGGCAGAAAAAACAGGAUCUAAACUUAGUACGCUUUUUAAAUCAAAUACUUCAAACAUAAAGUGUCCUUCUUAUAUUUUUACCCAUUACCCUUUUCAGGUGACCACAGAGCUCCACAAACAAACUUCUGUUUAUGUAAUAACUAACAGGUCAUGAUGGUGUUGCAUUAGUGCAAAUUCAUAAAAACUCUUUUUUUUUUUUUGGUUGUGUGAUGCUGCAGUAGCACCGUGGGAAUUUGCUUUGAAAGCUUCAUCCUUGGAACAAAUUGUUCUUGUUUGCAUAGAUGUUGAUCUGAUUCAGGUUGCAUUGACGUGGUUGUGAUUUUGCUGGCUGGCAUCAGUUUUGCUGUGUGCAAAAAAUAUUUGUUUUCUUUUUUUUUGUCUGAGCUUUGAACCAAGUGGGAACCGCUGCCGUGAUGCAAUGCCAGCUCAUAGCUUCCUGUCUGUGCUGUUUGGAAUGAGCUCUUGAAUGAACUGCUGGACCAUGAUAUCAGUAAAAAAUGUGUCAAAAAGUGCUUCAAAUAAACAGAUUCCAUGUACCAAA